ACGCGUUUCGGACACGGCCUAAUUUCUUUGAUCGUUGGUGCCCGGCUCGGCCCCGUCGCUACCACCGCCAAAAGCCUGCCUGGUCCCCCGUUAUUUUUGUUCUCAAAGUUUUCCGCCAAGUGAGGGCGCGCUUCCUCAUUUACACUAUGCCAAAACGGUAAACUGUGUGUGGGGGAUCGACCGCUAAAAACACACAACUUCCUUGGCUUGGCUUGCCUUGCCUUGCCUAUCUAGUAUUAAGUACAAUUAAAAAGGCUAAGAUAAGGUUAACUCAUCGAUUUGGUUGAAACAUUUAGUUACCUAAACACAGCAAAACUUAAGACAUCAUGUUUGAAGGAGACUUCAUUAACUGCACGUUGGUGGACCCAGAGACCAUCAUAUGCAAUGGCACAACAUUCAAAGAGCCAGAGGCCCCACUCACUAUUCACGACCAAUUGUUCUGGAUCUACAUCGGAACAUAUUGUGCUCUGGUUCUAUUUGCUGGGCUGAUGUCUGGUCUGACCAUGGGUCUCCUGUCCUUAGACAUCCUGAGUCUACGCGUCCUGGCCGAGGGCGGUAAACCUCAGGAGCAAAAGUACGCCAAGCGCAUCACGCCGAUCGUGUCUCGACACCACCUGUUACUGGUCACAUUACUACUUGCCAAUGCAGCGGCCGUGGAAUCCAUGCCCAUCUUUUUGGAUCGAGUGACUGACCCUAUCAUUGCCAUUAGUGUUUCUGUCACUGCUGUGCUGUUAUUCGGGGAAGUGUUCCCUCAGGCAAUUUGCACCCGCCAUGGACUCGCAAUCGGUGCCACGUUAUCACCAUUGGUGAUCCUGCUGAUGGUUCUUUUCUUCCCAGUGGCUUGGCCAAUCUCCAAAGUCUUAGAUUGUCUCCUCGGAAAAGAAAGUGGAACGUUCUUCAGAAGAGCAGAGCUUGGAGCCUUAGUAAGUAUACACCAAGAGAAACAAGACCAAAACGAAGAACCAUUGACAUUGGACGAGGUACUGAUUAUACAGGGCGCCCUCAGCAUGCGCAACAAGGUUGUUGAGGAUGCGCAUAUGCCACUGGAGAGCGUUUUCAUGUUGGACAUCAAAAGCAAGAUGGAUGCCGACUGUAUACAAAGAGUUUUAGUGAAAGGUCCGUACUCCCGCUUACCGGUUUACGACGGCGAGAGAGACAACAUUGUCGGUAUCCUACUAGUCAAGACGCUACUCCAGCUGGACCCAAACAUCACGCUCACCGUGGAGGAGAUCUUCAAGAAGCAUGGCCGUAGCCUCCCUGCUGUGCCCAGCCGUAUGCCCCUCUACGAUCUACUCAAUGAGAUGCAGACCGGCAAGUGUCACAUGGCCGCGGUGUCCUCGUCAAUGAUGAACCCCUCGGGUCAGAGUUCACCAGACGGAGAAGAUGUUGACAGUGCUGUGUCGACACAAGGCAGGGCGAUAAUUGGCAUCAUCACUCUAGAAGACAUCAUAGAGGAGCUCCUCCAAGAAGAGAUUGUGGAUGAGACAGACGAGUUCGUAGAUGUUCACCGCCGAGUGCGAGUAGCUCGGGCAAAGUUGGCUCGCCAACUGUCUGUCCAUCAAGACUUAGGACAGAUAGAAGCAGGGGUAACUCGCAAAAGAUCCCCAUCCCAGGAGCCCACAAGAAGCCCACGGGUUAGAAGUGGACCCAUAUUCACCAUAGGAGAGAUUAACAGUCGGCCAGGAAGUCAGUAUGGGUCUGUCAAUUCUAAACCCGAUGAAGAUACUAGAACCUCAGACACCUCACCUCUUAUUAACUUAGAGUGAGGUAUAUAGCACCUGAACCCGUCGAAAGACACCAGAGAAUAUUAAAACACUCAUCUAAGACUUAGGAAUAGCACUCUAACCCUUUAGAGACAUCUGAAAAUAUUAGAAUCUCAGACACUUUGCCUCUCAUCAACUUGCAGUAAGUAUAGUACUUCGUCAAGUCGAGCGCCAUGUGGAAGCUCAAGCCUUAGUACUUGAGCCCCUUGAAAGACACCAGAGGUUGAUAAAACACUUGCUGCUUGACCUUGAAUCAUCUUAGAGUGGGGUAUGGCACUCUAACCCUCAAAGUGAUAGAGCAUUAGGCACUUUAACUCUCGUCAACUUAGAGUGAGGUAUAUAGCACUUAAACCCCUUGAAAGACACCAGAGUGACCACAGGAUAAUAAAACACUGGCUACUUGACAUUGAGUCAUCUGAGAGAGAAGAACAGCACUCUAACCCUUUAGAGACAUCUCACAAUGAAAGAACAUCAGGCGCUUAAACUCUCAUCACCUUGGAGUGAGGUUUAUAUAGCACUCGAACCCCUCAAAAGACGUCGGAGGAUGAUGAUAAAACACUUGCCACUUUACCUGACAUCACCAAAGAUUGAGGUACAGCAAUCUAUCCCUUUAAAAACAUCUCAGGAUGAUCGAACAUCAGACACUUCGUCACUCAUCAACAUAAUACAGUGCUGUUAAAGCACUUGAACAUCUCGUAAGGCGUUAGAGGAUGAUAGCACAUUUUUGCCGAUUCUCAUCAACUAUAAGAGUGAGGUAUGGUACUCUUAUCCAUAAAGAAAAGUAAGAGGGUAAUAAAAUGUGAGAGACUUUCAACUGUCAUCCACUUACAUUCUGUUCCUUGCUCUAUGCAUUGAGGUAAUGUAUAUCCCCUCGAAUUCCUCGGGGACAUUAAAAUAUUUGCCAUUACACCUCUCAUUAGCUUAGAGUGUGGUAUGGCACUCUUACGCCAUUGAAAGACAUGAUAUACUGGCCUUUCAUCAACUUGAAAAUUUAUAAGUGAAAAACUACACCUCUUUCUCUGGAUUGUAAUAAUGUUUUAUAAUGUCAAUAUCUCUCCUUUGCCCUUUUUUACCAAGUAAGUUUUAUGGUAAUUAACUUCUGGAGUAAAUCACCCUAAAUGCCUUGAGUUAACAGUUUUAAGAUAUUGUAAUGUAAAUCUCAACAGGCGUAAUACAAAUUAAUGAAAUCUUGAGCAUAUCUACUAGAGAAAUACAAAAUAAUAGACCAAUUGUAAUGAAUUUGUAGUGUUCAUAUGUUUAGUUUUAAACAUAAAAAAAGGUGUUCUACUUUUGAGGUUGUGAGGUUGUCACAAAAGGAGCAAUGAACUUUACAACAUGGUACACUUUAGAGUAGAUACGUGUAAAAUUGGUGGCAUACCAGUUGGUAUUCCUCCUUUUAAAGCCAUUGGACCCUUUCGGUACAGAAAGAAGAAAAAACAAGUUCACAAAUUUACAAAUAACUU